AUGCCCACCAAUAUCAACGACGCCGAUUUCGAUGUCGAUACCGCGACUCCCCUCGAAAAUAGAGACGGCCCGACUGAGAUGAUUGUCUCUUUGGUGGUUUGCAGCUUGUCGCGAUGUCUCACUCAGCGAACCAAUUUGAGCCAUGCCAUGUUCGUCGUCGAAAAGAGUGACGUGUCAGACGAGCUCAGUCGACUUCACAGUAUCGAGCUGGAGAAGUUCGUCGUGAACUUUGAAGAGUUUUUAGAGGAUAUCGUAAAGCGUUAUUGCGAUCCGAGUGCGGGGGAUCUGCAUGUAUUGGCUUUACAGCUAAAAGCAGCCAUGGUCGACAAGAUUCGAAUCAUGGCAUGCAAGCCCAAGGGGGCUGUAGAGCCACCGCCUGAGGCGAAAGGGGACAUCCUGUUUCGUGUUUCACUCGAGGCGGCUGAACACGUUGCGAACCAUCUUCAGGUGAUGGAGGGUUGGAACUUUGUGUGGUACGUCCUUCAGUAUCUCGAGUACGACUUGUUCCUCCACAUGAUCGGUCGACUGUGUCUCCAGUCAACCGGCGACUUGGUCGAUCGAGCAUGGAAGGUGCUGCCCAUCAUAUACCAAUACCAGGAAAACUAUUUCGAAAUGUCGGUUCACCCAUAUGCCGUCGCAGGAGCGGUUCUUGUUAGGGCCUGGAGACACAGGCAGGAAAGCUUGCUCUCCCAAUUGGGCUACCUGCCCCCGACCCCAGAUUAUGUUCAAAGAGUUGAACAGUGUUUGGCGGCCAAUGGCUCAGUUGGCAGUUCCCCUCCCGAGCUGAUGCCUCCUUCAGGGAGGGCUGCGCCAGAGCAUACCGGGUGGGAGGAAUCAGAAUGGGGAUGGAAUCCGCCCGGGUUCGGCAUUGAAACCUACGAUCUUGAGUAUAUAGUAGAAGAAGACUCAUUGGCGUGGCCUCCGCCUCAGUAG